AUGAGUGAGUUCAACGAUGAGGUACAGCGGGUGCGGCAGCAGGAGUACGACAGGCUGCAGCAGGAGGACAAGGAGAUGCUCGAUCGCCACCUUGCGCAGCUGGCGGCGGAGGAGGAGCAGGAGCGGCAGCGCAAGCAUGAGCGCCGCGUAGCAGCAGUGGAACAUAUGAAUGAGGUGCGCAAGCAGCUUGAAAAGCGCAACGAGGACAAGGACCAACUUGACCGUCUGUGGGACGAGGCGAACAACAAGGAGUGGGAGAAGAAAGAGGCACGCUGGCGCGCUGACCAGCAGAAGCGGGACAAGCUGCUGCGUAACGUCCUCAUCAUACGGCGGCAGCAGGUGCUUGACAAGCGACAGCAGGAGCGCCAAGACACAGAGGCGGCAGCACGGGAACACGCAAACUUCCUCCGAGAGCUGGAGGGCGCCGUUGACAUCGACGCGCAGGAGCGUGCCCGCCGCUACGCCCUGCUUCGCGAGAACCAGAAGUACCUUGAGGAGCAAAUGCAGCGCCGCGCAGCAGAGAAGGAGGCCUCUCGGCAGGCUGUACGCAAUGAGCUCACGAAGCAGCAGGACUACGAGAGACAAUUUGAGGAGCGCAUAAAGAAAGAGAUGGAGAACUUGGAACGCGCAAAGCCGGACCGCUACAAGGACGUCCCACUCCUCCCAAAACAGCGCGAUCGUCCCUUUUAG